AUGUACGGUGUAAAAUUUACAUCCGAGGAAGAAAAUCAUUUUUAUGCUGUGUGGGAUGCCGAAGCAUGGCGGACAAUGCCCAUGCUCAAUGGAUCUCUUGAAGCUUGUCACCUAUUGCAUCAAGCAGGCUAUGAGCUUGUCUGUGUCACGGCGAUGUCUCCUCAAUUUACCGAUCAUCGUUUGGAAAAUUUUCGUUCACAUGGAUUUCCGAUCGAUCGAGUGAUCAGUACGGGUUAUGAUGGCGAAAAUCCGGGCAACAAUCCGAAGAAACAAGCAAUUGAAGAAUUACAUCCCGUGGUAUUUAUCGACGAUUCGAAACGAAAUUUCAAAGAUAUUCAAGGUGUACAUACCCGAUUCGUCUUUAUUGAUAAAUAUCAUGAUGAUCCGAAUCAACACUUGAACAUUUAUUAUGAUGUCAAAUAUCCAAGUCUUUUGGCUUUCGUCCAUGAUUUUCUCAAAACUGAAUAUGGGCAAGAAAUCGUCUGGCCAGAAAGACCUGCUUCCCUUCUCCCAUCUGUUUCAUGCUAA